GGCUGAGGCCUCAAAGACCUCAGGGACUUCUUUCAGUACUCACAGAAACCUACACCCUGGUGAUGGCACAUAGGGACUGUUUUCUUGCUCUAAGUCUGAAUGACUGCCAAAAAGGAAGGCAAAGGUAGAGCAGUUGGAUCUCUGGCUCUCCCCAUAGCUUCUAAUCUCAGACCUUCAUAAACUCCUUUCUGAGCCCAAGGACAAAGUUCACUUGAACAAAUGAUUUUGAGUCAUGAAUGAAAAAUUUUGCUCUUUCCACAAUGAGAAAGAAUUCAGAGAUGGACAGGUCGAAAGUGUGUCUGCUGGGAACUCUCCACCAAACGACAAGAACAGCAGUGCUCUUCUGGCUUUCAGAGGAAUUCCUAUCUCGGAGUUGAAGAACCACAGCCUCCUCCGGGCCCUGACAACAGAAGCUAAUGGAUGGGCGCCAGGUGUUGUGAGCCCCGAGGUGCUCAGAGCUCAGGAAGAAUGGGAAGCCGUGCAGAACAUCCAGCCAGAGACAGGAAGCCAGACAGACCAGCCUGCACAGCUGAUCUCUUUCAGUGAGGCCCUGCAGCAUUUCCAGACCAUUGACCUCUCCUCCUUCAAGAAAAGAAUCCAGCCAACAAUUCGAAGGACUGGGCUUGCCGCCCUCCGGCACUGCCUCUUCGGGCCUCCAAAGCUCCACCAGGGCCUCCGUGAAGAAAGGGACUUGGUCCUGACCAUUGCUCAGUGUGGCCUGGAUAGCCGAGACCCAACACAUGGCCGAGUCCUCAAGACCAUCUAUAAGAAGCUGACCGGCUCCAAGUUUGACUGUGCCCUCCACGGCGAUCACUGGGAAGAUCUGGGCUUUCAGGGAGCAAAUCCAGCCACAGACCUUAGAGGAGCGGGCUUCCUUGCCCUCCUGCAUCUGCUGUACCUGGUGAUGGACUCAAAGACCUUGCUGAUGGCCCAGGAGAUUUUCCGCCUGUCUCAUCACCAUAUCCAGCUCAAAGGAACACUUUUCAGAUCCAAAAGAACUACUGAAGGAACAGAGACAUCGAGAUCUGAUUCCAGUGAAAACUGCUUUUUACAAUUCCCCUUCUGUUUGAUGUCUGUGAAUAUCACCCGCAUCGCAAUCCAGGCCUUAAGAGAGGAGUGUCUCUCCAGGGAGUGUAAUCGGCAGCAGAAGGUGAUCCCAGUGGUGAACAGCUUCUAUGCUGCCACUUUCCUCCACCUCGCUCAUGUCUGGAAGACGCAGCAGAAGACCAUCGCAGACUCGGGCUUUGUCCUCAAAGACUUGGAAGUGUUGGCCAAGAAGAGCCCACGGCGGCUGCUCAAGACCCUGGAGAUCUACUUGGCUGGAGUAUCGAAGGGACAGACCUCCUUGCUGGGAGCACAGAAGUGCCGUGGGGCACCAGCCCCUCACUCCAAGGACCUCACUUUCACAGGCGUGUGUGACCUGCCACCACACUCAUCCGAAGGCACGUGGCCGGUCUGACCACCGAGGCAAACCAUAUCAGGAACACCUGGCUGGACCACGCCCCUUCCCAUCUCAGCAGAAGGGAUGUGGAAGCUCCCAGGCCUGGUCGGGGAAGCCAAGGACCCUCCUCCUAUUGAGACACAGGGGCAGUCAGACUUGAUGCACUCCGUACAGAUCUGCGUCCUUUGCUGUCAUCUGAGUUGGGUUCCUGGUCAUCUCGGUGAGAGUGAAUGGAUCGUGAGGUGGGAGAGCCCCACCAGGAUGUUCCACACGCCCUCAGGUAGGGCUUUCAGACCCCUGGUGGCCAUAGGACAGGGACCAGACAGGGACAUAGAGUGUCUAGUUAGAAUAUGAAGGGAGGUGGCAGUGGCAGCAGCCAACAGGGGGCAGCAUGAACAAGAGCAAGACGCCUGAGGCCACAGCUGGGCCCGCCCUCCUCUCCUCCAUCCACCAGGCCAGUAGAAGAACCCCUCUGGGGCUUCUGGCCUCCCAUUUGUCCCAUCUCCUCUCCUCCCCGCUGUUUAUGGUACAGAGCAGGGCCUCUGGCCGAGUCUCCAUUGCUGCCCAUCCUAGCUGCCUGCCAGCCGGGCUUCCCAUGGAGGUUGUGCGGUGCCCAUCACAGAUGGUUUUCUAGCCUGGUUGGGGGAAGGAGGAAAUCAGAAGUUAUUGAAUAAAAGAAUUGUUCUGGGUUAA